CCAAAAUUUGACUCCAGAUUAUCGAUCCAAGGCAAAACGAAAUGGCCGAACCGUUCUCUGAUUCUAACGAGAAAGAAGGAAAGAUAAACCUUGACGUAGAUAUAAAAUUUGGUGAGUCACUAACAAAGGGCAAAAAAGAAAGUCUAUUGGAAGCCGAGCUUUUGCUUGAAUUAGACAAACGUAAAAAGGAAAAUGAAGAUAAAAAGAAACGUCGUUUACAAGAGUGGGAGCCGGGGAAAAAAGGAGGAACUCAUAGUGAAAUUAUCGAUCCAGAUACAAAUGAUCAACAUUCAGAAAGCAAAGAGGAAAAUGUUUUGGAAGAUCUUUUGUGUAAAUUAGACAAACUGAGAAAGUCAAAUAAAGAUAAAGAGAAACGUCGUAGAGACUGGGAGACAAAAAAAGAAGAAAAAAAUGAUUCAGAUACUGGCAUAUCAAUUUGUCCAAGGAGUUUGCAAUUGGAGGAACUUCAAAAGCAAAAUGAAGAGCAGCAGGCUGCAAUUAAGAAAAAGAUAGAGGAAGAGCAAGCAGCAUUACUACAAAAGAUAAGAGAUGAAAAAGAUGCUGAAAUAAAGAAAAUAAAAGAAAGCAGCUUAAAAAAUGCCAUGCCAAUGAUUGAAGGAAAAUUUCACUUCCAAAGUAAAAAAAUGGAUAUAGAUAUAGUUCUACCUGAGAGUAAAGAAGUAUUUGAAGCACGGUUGUCAAAAAUAAGACAAAAAAAUGAAGCCAAGUUAAAACAAUUUGAUGCUGAAUUACAUAAUGAACUAACAGAGGAAAGAAAACAGCUCGAAGAUGAAUUCAAAACAAUGCAAAAUGAUUUGGAAGCCAAAUUAAUUGCAAAAGAAAAAGAAUUUUCACAGAUAAAAGAGAGAGGGUUGGCAGCCAAAAAAAAUCACGAUCGUAAAAGAAUUGCUGAUAAAGAUGAAGAAAUGGAACAACUAAAAAAGGAAAUUGACCAAAUAAAGAAAGAGAAGAUGAAACAAGAAAGCAAAUUUAAAAGAAGAGAAAAGGAAAUGGAAGAACUUUUUCAAGAGCAUAAAGCUAAAAUGGAGAAAAAAUAUGAAGAACAAGCAAUAUCUGACAUGAUGGAAGAAAAUGAAUUGAAGAUAGAAGCAUUUAUGAAUUUAGCAGAAGAAAGAGAACGCUCGUUCAAAUAUCAAGAAGAAAUGAAAGAGAAAAAAAAUAACAAUUGAACUUCAAAAUUAUACAAAAAUAGACUAACAAACUGUGAGUAGCUACAAGUAUAUCAAAGAAAAAGACAUGUAUAUACAUAAUGAUAAAGUUGUUACUUUAGUAAAAUUACCAAGUUAAAUUGUCUAUGAAAACUUAGAUGCAUGCAUUAUUUGCAUAGAAUGAGGCACCAUGCA